AUGUCAGAUUUGACUGUCCUUGUCUCUCCUACGUCCGUUUAUCCUAACCGUAGUCACUCCCUCAGAAGUUUCCGUCUCAAAGCACGUCCAAGUCUCCAUGAUCACUCCCAGAAGCCUGUCAUGGUCGUACUUGAAAGCGUAGACGAAGCGGACGAAUCUCCGCCUUCCCCGGUUCGGGUUCGCGUGCUGAACUCGUCUGAAUUCCUUGCCCCUCCAAAGAAUACGUUCAGGGCUCCCUCCGUGCGGUUACCGUCUGACUUUGCUAAUGCGCCGCCUGUCACCCCGUCCUCACCCCGCACUUUCGAGGAGAUCCUCACGUACGCUUUUCCAAGGCGAUCGCACUCAUUUUCGCUCAAGGCUGUUGUCCAAAAUAAGGGUGCCGAGCUCUGUAAGCCUCCCCCUUUACUAUUCCGACCCACUGCGUUCUGGAAGAAAACUAGACGUUCUGGCGUUACGUCUGCCGCAUACUCGCCAUCCUCGUUUCUAGUCCGUCGGUCAACAUUUAUCGCUGCUGGGCUUUCGCAGGAUAAGCCUGGGUUUGAUUCAUCAGCUCUCGGUGUAGAGUCCCGCGUGAAGGUUUUGAUAGAAGAUGUGAACACGGGAAAGAGGAUUGACAAGAUGCUUGUGGCCCCAGCACUAGUCCUCGCCGACGAAUCAGGCGCCGAAUCAUCCGUGUCCAGCUCCUCUUCUGAUUCGGCACCUCUCUCAGCCAAGACACUUCCUUACUCAUUUGACGUUCAAGGCGUUCCGACGUCGCGUCCCGGCACAUCUACGAAGACGAAAACGUCCCAUAUAGUGUACAUCACUGCGUUGCCUCCGUCCACGACGUCUUUGCAACCUGUUCUUCCCAAACUCGAUCGUCAGAUCUUAUCUGACGCAGGCGUCCUUCCUUAUGCUAUCCCUGUGAGCUUUGGGGUGGGCAUGGUUCUGGGCAUCAUCAUCACCGCUCUCUUUGGUGAUAUUAAUGAUCAGGCUCCCGGUGGAUUCAGACGACCCUCGUCCCACCACCACCCCUUCCACUUCCACACUCAGCCCUACCCCCUUGACCCCCAGCCCAGGCCGUGGGCAGCAGCACAUCAAAAUCCACCAUCCGCGUCCACAGCUCCCUCCCCUUCCCUUCCAGCCAUGCCGUCAGACACUCUCCCGCUCUUCAGUCCAAAUCCACUAACAUCAUAUCCACACCCACUUGGUGCAUGGAACGCCACCUUUCCACCUACCGCCCAACAUCCACCCCCCGUGCCCACCCAGUCACAUACCCAGCCUCAAGCGUUUGAUGGGGGUACGGAUGAUGUUUAUUAUCCUACCGGAUACAACAUAGGCAUGUUCCCGUUUGUACCGCCUUCACACCCUGUUCAAGGACAGGCACUCCAUCAUUCAUACCCACACGCGUACACGCAAACGCGUCAUCAGAUCGUGCCGUCUCCGCUGAGACGCGUCCAGUUACACAGAAGAGAUCCAUAUACUGCCUUAUCGCAAAUGCAAGAAAAUCAAGAAAACGAAAGUCCAGCUUCGCAACCUCAGCAGGAGCUACUCGCCCAGGCAACUUUGUCGUCCACCUCUUCAUUAGACUGUCAGGCUACGACCGACAAUAGAACAGACAGUGGCAGCGGCGGAGCGGCAAUGCAGAGUGUUGGUGAGCAUAGACCUGGAUCAUCGUCCACGGUGCAGCAGAGACCUGGCCAUGUCGGGAUCCCAUUCCUUUUUGGGUCCGUGGAGGAAGCCUUAUACGGUGUACCCUCUUCUUCUAUCGGACAGGUCAUGGGGAAGCCGACUACUGGCGCAGGAACAGGCACCACCUUCCAUCUGCGGGACAUGGACACCAUGCGGGUCCCUCAAGUCCCUAUCUCGGCUUCGGAACGUCAAGGUCAAACUAGGGUGUCGGAACCACGUGACCCGUCUACACAUCCGCCCAGUCCACCGGGCGGAUUUGUGGGUUGCACUCCGCCAGGGGACAUGCAAGCACCCCUGAUGAGUGACGGUGGUGAGUGUUGCAGUCUUAUUUUACUUUUACUUUCUCUUCUCUGGGGAGCAUUCCCCGGAACCGAAUAA